UUAUGAUGAACUAAAGAAAACUUAUGAUGCACUUUCUGAGAAGUGGGAGCGGUCCAACCGCAUGUCUCUUAUGAUAAUGAGGAACUCAAUAUCAGAUGCUAUAAGGGGAGCAAUCCCAAACUCAGAAAAAGCUAAGACGUACUUGGCAUCUGUGGAGGAGCAAUUUAAAGGCACCUCCAAGGUUUAUGCCAGUACGCUGAUUCAGAAGCUCCUCAACACUAAGUAUAAUUAUGGGUCUGGUGGCAUAAGAGAACACAUCAUGAUGAUGACAGAUAUGGCUGCCAAACUCAAGGGCAUGGAUAUGGAAAUCUCUGAGGGUUUCCUUGUCCACUUCAUUAUGACCUCUCUCCCUCCUGAGUUUACUCCCUUUAAGAUAAAUUACAACACUCAGAAAGAGAAGUGGAGCAUGAGCGACUUGAUCGCAAUGUGCGUCCAAGAGGAAGAGAGGGUGAGGGCUGAAAAUAAAGAUUUUGUGAAUCAAAUAAGCAGCCCCAAGAAUAAAAGAAAAUUCCAAGGGGAUUUCAAGUCUAAGAAAAGGUUGCAUUUCGUCGCUAAACACGACAAGGCAGCACAGAGGACGCCCAAGGCAUUUGCUCCUUCUGCUCCUGCCUCUCAAGAAUCUAAAGAUGACGGAUGCCACUUCUGCCACAAGAAGGACCACUACCAAAAGGAUUGUGUUGGUUUCCUGAAGUGGCUUGCAAAGAAGGGGAUUCCUUACCGCGAGAACAUUAAGAAAGGGGGAGCGAAGUCUUAGAGUGGCCAAUGGGAAGGAAGCUCAAGUUGAAGCUAUCGGAUCCUUUCCAUUAGUUCUUAAUAGUGGCUUCACUCUUAGAUUAAAUAAUGUAGUUUAUGUUCCUUCUAUGAGGAGGAAUCUCAUUUCAGUUUCGAUGUUAGAUGAUGAUGGUUUUCAUUGUAAUUUCGGAGACAAUAAAUGCAUUCUUAAAUUUAAUUCAAAGGAUAUUGGUCUUGCCAUCCGACAAGACAAACUUUA